UUUAUGAGCCCAGUGUCUGAAGAAGACGUUCCUGGUUACCGAAAAUUUAUUGCUCAUCCAAUGGAUUUUUGUCAAAUGCAGAAAAAAUUUGAAAUGGGUCAAUACAAACGGGUUGCAGAUAUUCGCUCAGAUUUUCUUUUAAUGAUGAAUAAUUGUGCUACAUUUAAUCGUGAUAAUAAAUAUUUUUAUGAUUAUGGACAAAGAAUUAGACAAAUUGGACUUAAAGUUAUUCGAUCAGCAGAAAUUGAAGAAUCAAGAAUAUCACAAACCCUUCAAAUGGUCGAAACCUUCAUUAGUCGAUUCGAGUUCCUCAAGGAAGACUAUAUGAACAAAUUAAAAUUGGAGCUGGAACAGAAAGGAAAGAAAGUUACAAAUGUUUCUGAAAGUGGUGGACGAAAGAAUGUUGAGAAACAAUCAAAGAAAUCAAACAUUACCAAUAAAACUGUUGAUAACAAUAAUGCAAAUAACGUGACCCCUUCAAUCCCUACUUCAAUUGAUAAGAAAAAACAACAACAAAAUUCAAAAAAGAAAAAAUUAAAUUCUUCCAUUGAUGACGACAAAAAGAAAAAUGUUAAAGAAAAACAACAACAACGACGAAGAAGUUCAAAGAAAAUAAAUAAAGAUACUUCUGGUGAAUCUAUAAUAAUUGUUGAAGAAAAACCGAGUACAUCAACGACAAUAACAGAUAAUUUGAAUAAUAAUGAAGGGGAGGAUAUUGAAAUUUGUGAAGUAAAAGAAGAGCAACAACAACAUUUAAGUACAACUCGACGACUUUCUACAUCUAGAAAAUGCAAACUUUCAUCAACAUUAUCAACUCUUGGAGGACCAUCUGAUGAACAACCAAAAAUUCCAAGAAAGCGAACCAGGACAGAUAGCAUUAAUAAAAAUUCAAUUAAAAGUGUUGCAAAGAUUUCCACAUCUGUUGGUUCCACUACUGCCUUUGAUAGAGAUAAAGUUGUUGGUAACACUAACAAAAUUACAAAUUAUUUGACACAUGAUUGUGGAAGUGUUGGAUUAAAUUCAAAGGACCAAAUUUCAAAUGUUAAAAAUACCCCUAAUUGUUGUAUUGGAAGAAAUGUUAAUAAAAACAAAAAUUUUACAUAUGCUUAUUUAACUGAAGCUUCAUCAGCAGCAGAUGAAGAAGAUAGUUAUGAUAAUGAAGACGAAGAAGAUUUGUUAUUGCCUCCUAUUAAUUUAACAAAAAAUGGGUUGAAACAACAAUCAAAUAAUAAAUCAAAUAAAAGAUUGAGGAAAGAAAUGUUACAAAAUAAUAAUAAUAAUUCAAAUGAUGAACAAUUUCAACAUAACGACAUUGUAUGGGUUGAAAUCGAAGAUGGAACACAAAUGCCAGCAAGAGUAAUAGAUUUGCGUAUGCGUUAUGAAUUUGAUGAAGAUGAAGGUUUAGGAACACAGUUUGUACAACAAGCAAUUAAUUGUAUGCCUGGUAGAGAAGGGAGCAAUGACAAUAAUAAUAAGACACUUGUUGUUCUGUUUGAUAAAUUAAAUACUUGGAGGUGGGUGUCUAAUAAUUAUUUGGAACCUUGUGAAUUUUUGCAACUUGAUAUUUCUCAUUCACAUUAUAAUCAAAACGUUUUGGAAGCAUUGGCUAAAGCACGACAAUUUUGGUAUGGAUAGAUCUUUUUAUAAUGGGUUUUCUUUUUUUUUUAUUAUUCAAAAAAAUUUUUUCCCUAUUCUAUGGCUAUUUGUUUAUCUUUCUAUUUACUUCACGGAUACCUGUAAUUUAAUAAUUUU